AUGACAGUGGAUCUAGAUAGGAAUUUGAAACCUGGAAAAUACCAUUACAUAGCAUUAGGAUUAGAAGGAUCAGCAAACAAAUUAGGAGUAGGUGUAAUCAAACACAAAAAAGGUGAAUUAACAUCAUCAAAUCAUGCAGAAGUUUUAUCAAAUAUACGAGACACAUACAUAACUCCACCAGGAGAAGGGUUUUUACCAAGAGACACGGCAAGGCAUCAUAGAAAUUGGGUUGUUAGAGUAAUAAAAAGAGCAUUAGCUACUGCAAAAAUAAAGGGAACUGAUAUUGAUUGUAUUUGUUUUACUCAAGGACCAGGAAUGGGAGCACCAUUACAAAGUGUUGUUAUAGCAGCAAGAACAUUAGCUCAGCUAUGGUCUAUACCAUUAGUUGGUGUCAAUCAUUGUGUGGGGCACAUUGAAAUGGGAAGAGAAAUCACAGGUGCAUUAAAUCCUGUAGUGUUAUAUGUAAGUGGUGGUAACACUCAAGUUAUAGCGUAUUCUAAACAAAGAUAUAGAAUAUUUGGAGAAACGUUAGAUAUAGCAAUAGGGAAUUGUCUUGAUAGAUUUGCAAGAACUUUGAAAAUCCCCAAUGAGCCAGCACCAGGUUAUAAUAUUGAACAAUUGGCUAAAAAGGGGAAAAAAUUAGUUAAUUUACCAUAUACUGUUAAGGGGAUGGACUUGUCCAUGUCUGGAAUACUAGCUUAUAUUGACAAUAUAGCGAAGGAUUUAUUUAAUGGUAAAAAAUCCAAAUUAGUCAUAGAUGAAGAGACGGGUGAAUUAAUAACUCCGGAAGAUCUUUGUUUUUCACUACAAGAAAUUUUAUUCAGUAUGUUAGUUGAAAUCACAGAAAGAGCUUUAGCACAUGUAGAUAGUAAUCAAGUUUUAAUUGUUGGAGGUGUUGGUUCAAAUAAGAGAUUACAAGAAAUGAUGAAAUUAAUGAUUGAAGAUCGUAAAAAUGGACAAAUCUUUGCAACUGAUGAAAGAUUUUGUAUUGAUAAUGGAAUAAUGAUUGCACAUGCUGGUCUAUUACAAUAUAGAAUGGGAGAUACUAAUGAAUUGAAAGAUACCGUUUGUACUCAAAGAUUUAGAACUGAUGAAGUCUUUGUAAAGUGGAGAGAUGACUAA